CUUGUUUGUACUUCCCAGCUAAACGUCAUAUUGUGCUGAAAUACUCCUUCGCUAAUAGACGUAGUUUCCAAUCGAGUCAGUACAAACAUGGGUUUAUUGAUGACAAAGCUCUGGCAAUACUUCUCCAACAGCGAGUACAAGGUGAUAGUCGUGGGUCUGGAUAAUGCUGGUAAAACUACAAUCCUAUAUCAUCUGCUGAUGGACGAGGUAGUGCACACUUCCCCAACAAUCGGAAGUAAUGUGGAGGAGAUCACGUGGAGAAAUAUAAAGUUUAUUAUGUGGGACAUUGGAGGUCAGGAUUCUCUGAGACAAUCCUGGGCUACCUACUACUCCAACACCAAUUUUGUAUUCAUGGUAAUAGAUAGCAGUGAUAGAGAGAGGUUAUCUGUAGCUAAAGACGAGCUCUACAAAAUGUUAAACCACGAGGACUUACGGAAGUCGUCGUUGCUAAUAUACGCUAACAAACAGGACGUUAAGGAUUGCUUGACGACCACCCAGAUCUCCCAAACCCUAAAUCUGAAGUCAAUAAAAGACCACGCCUACCACAUACAACCUUGCUGUGCUCUGUCAGGAGAGGGGUUACACCAAGGACUGGAGUGGGUGACAUCCCAAAUCAGAGGUGGCAGGUAGCAGCCACCAGAUUAGGAAAAUCAAUUAACUAAAACCCGGUCGAGAGGAUUCAAACUGAUUAUAUUCGUCGAUAGUGUCACAGACUAGUAAUUUA